AUGGCUACUGAUUUUUACUUGUAAAUUUGUUUCUCCAUUAGAACUCUCUCUUCGUCCCCAUUUUUUUUCAUUUUCAAGCGGCCAUGUCUUUCAGAGGAGCAAAUGCAUCAUCUGGCAUGGGAGUGGCUGAAAACAGCAAAAGCACAUACCUGGAGCUGCAGAGGAAGAAGGUAUUUCGAUAUGUGAUCUUUAAGAUUGAUGAGAAGAAAAAGGAGGUUGUAGUUGAAAAGACUGGAGGUCCAUCCGAGAGCUAUGAUGAUUUCACUGCCUCAUUGCCCGAGGCUGAUUGCCGCUAUGCAGUUUAUGACUUUGAUUUUGUGACUUCUGAGAACUGCCAGAAGAGCAAGAUCUUUUUUAUUGCCUGGUCUCCUUCCGUUUCAAGGAUCCGUUCCAAGAUGCUCUACGCAACAUCCAAGGACCGGUUCAGAAGAGAAUUGCAGGGCAUUCAUUAUGAAAUCCAGGCAACCGACCCAACUGAGAUGGAUCUCGAGGUGAUUAGGGAGCGUGCACGUUAGGUGCUGAAUCCCGUCAUUGAUUUCGCAUGCUUAAGGAGCUGCCUUGCUUAAAUUAGUGAGUAACUAAGCGAAGCUAUCUACCGUAUGUUAUUGUUGUUAUAAUAACACCUAAGAGGGCUGAUUUCGAACCCCGGGGUUCGGAACUCUGGGCUCCUCAUUGCCAUUAUGCUUCUCAGGUGAAAAUGAGGUGUUGUAAUGGAUAUUUUGACUCUUAAUUAAGUUUUAUUUCCAUCACUUGUCAUGAUGUU